AUUCGCAGGUGGCUUUGCGCUGUUUCACACGCCCCUGAAUUAGAGAUAAUGAGGAAAUAAGCGGUAGAAACAAGAACUUGAGCAAGGCCAAGAUAAAUUAACUUGGCUACAGUGUUAAAGAUGAGCUUUGGGCAGUGGCCAAUUGCUGGCUGGCUUGAGGCGCGUGUCUGAGGGUCUCUAACCAAUUGUAUGACAGAUUCGGGCGCGUGGACAGCGCAUGGGGCUACGGGGAAAGUAUAUGUAGUGGAGAAAAAUGGCAAUAAAGGUCUCCUGUUCAAGAGCCAUCAGGAGUCCGGGUCUCAUUCCCUUCAGAUGGUGACCCUGACGUGAUUCGCAGAGGAACAGCGCUGCAAGGAGCAUCCGAAGGGAACCCAGCCGAAUGAAUCAAGCUCACAGCCGGACUGCAGCUUCAACCCCGGGACAUCACCUGAAGGACAGGUGAGUGGCUAGGCAUUAAUCAUGGGGGCUAACCUCUCUGCAGAAGAAGAGGCUAUAGUAAAACUAUUAACUCAACCCCUGGUAAAAAGAGGAGUGAAAUAUGACCCGUAUAAAGUGAAACUACUGCCAAAGUUCUUACAAAAGAAUGGGGCCCCGUCGACAGUUUCAGCGGUGUUUGAUUUAAAAACUUGGUAAAAUGCUGGGACAGCUAUAUGGGACACUGCCUCGCGGGGAGAUACAACAGCUGCCGAGGUGAUGACGGCCUGGCGCAUAGCAACUGAGACACUGAGAUCAUGGCAAGCGGAAAAAAGGGUACAGACGGCGGCCGCUCAGGCUACGCAGGCGGGUGAAAUAAAAAGCGGUGACUGCGUACCGCCAGAGAAAGCAAACCUGAUAGACUUGGGAAUAGAGGCAGAGACAGUAUCCCAACUCAUGGCAGCCACUCUGCGCUCGAUGCCAUUGCGGCCAUCAGCGCCGCCAUCGUCGCCGCCCGCCCCAUUGUCAGCUCCGGGCAGCCGCCCGCCCGCGCCGCCGCCGGCUGCUGCGUUUCUCAGGUUUGAGCGCCCGCCCGCACGCAUCGGGCGCUGCCAUGUUCCGCCUGCUGCUGCGCCCGGCGCGCCGCUCCGCGGGCCCCCGCUCGCCGCCGCCCGCCGCCGCCGCCGCUGCUGCCCCCCCGCCACCCUCUCCCCUGCACCGGCCUCCCCUCAGCCCGCCGGCCCUUCUGCUGGCGCUGCGGGCCGCCGCCGGCAGCUCGGCCAAGGAUGUGGGUGGAUCCCCUGAAAAGGCAGCCACAGAUCUCAGCAGUGAAAAUAAGCAACUCAAUAAAACCUAGCAGCUGAAAAAAGUUUUCAAAGAAUAUGGUGCUGUAGGGGUUUCAUUCCAUGUUGGAAUUUCAUUAGUAUCUCUAGGAAUCUUCUACCCGGCUGUGUCAAGUGGUGUGGAUAUGACUGCAGUUCUCUUCAAACUUGGUUUCAGUGAAUCAUCGCUGCAAUCUAAAAGGGCUGCUGGUACAAGCACAUUUGUGUUGGCAUAUGCUAUUCACAAAUUGUUUGCUCCAGUACGACUCAGCAUUACUAUAGUUUCUGUGCCAUUUAUUGUCCGAUACUGCCGGAAGAUUGGUUUCUUUAAACCUCCUACCCCAAAUCCAUGAUAACUUCUUAUGGUUUUUUACUCGCCCAACAUGGGGCUCAAGGAAUUUGAGAUAAGGAUGAUAGUCAAGAGAAGUAAUGGGAAAAACAUGGACUGGAUUUUUUUUUAAGAAUGUAAUAGUUGUGAAGAAUUUAAGAAAGCAGCAAUUGUGAAGA